UAGUCUCUUAAGGUGCCACAAGGACUCCUGUUCUUUUUGCAGAUACAGACUAACAUGGCUGCUACUCUGAAACCAGAGUAAGGUCAGUGGCUUAAAAGUUCCCCUUGUGUAGGAGCUGCCCUCAUGCCUGCAGCACCAUUCCUGUUCUGCAGAGCUCGGGGGUCUCUGUGUCUUAACUCAGUGUCCUCCUGAAGUGGGAUUAGUCACUGAUCUCGAUCAUGUAAUUAGAGAGACUUAUUUUCUUACUAGCACUACAUAACAAAGCACGAUUUCCAAUUAGCAGUCGCCUCUCCCUUGGGGCUAAUGCUCUGUCCACUAUGGAGCGACAGCAAGAACUGCUCUGGUUUAUGUAAGCGUCUCCAUGUCGCGGUGCUUCGGCCGCAGCCUGCAGUGCCUGGAAAUGGCCAGGGAGACAUUUUAUACAAAUAAAAAUGGGGCAGAGAGCCAGUGUGUUCCCUGAGUGAAAGUGGUUGGGGUAGGGGUGGGAUUGUGGGCAGAGUGUGUUGGAUGGGUGUAGAGUGACCAGACAGCAAGUGUGAAAAACCGGGAUGUCAUGUGGGGUAAUAGGAGCCUAUAUAAGAAAAAUUGGGACAUCUGGUCACCCUAGCAGCACUGCCGUGGUCCCCGUGUUGUCACUGAGUGAUACCUGGCUGCUGGAACAACCGAAACCCUCGGUGUCUUGCGCUUCUGCAGGGACACCACGAAGCAGCCCAGCCCCUGGCUGUCCUCCUUUGGCGCGGGCGAAUCUGGGAUGCGGGGGCCUGCUCUACAUUACAAACAGAACUAAGAGCCGCCAUUUUGCUCCGGUCCCACUACACCCCCUGUUCCUGAGCUGCUCCUCUGGCUGCUGUUAUCUCUAGUCUCCGAGCUGGGCACCAAGGGUGUCUUUCGAAGGGCUGGUGCACACCCAGAAAUAAGCCAGUCAUUCUUAGCAGUGCCUGCUCUGAGCUCGCUUUCAGCAGCCCUAGCAGUGAGGCUUCCAGCAUGUGUCUAGCUUGACUAACCCUCUUUCAGAGGUGAAUGACAAUAUUUGUGAAGGGCUUUGAAGAGGAGCAUCCCAGAGGCUGGAAGGUUUUGUGGCUAAAGCCCAUGACUGGGAAUUGGCAGAUCUGGGCCCCUCCUUGGCUGUGCCACAGACGUCUGUGUGACCUUGGGCAAGACACAUGACUUGAGAUUAGAGACCUGGCUGCUGCACAGGAUCAGGGUGAGGGAAGUGGAGUGUUUAUGAGCAGAAUGUGAUUCUAGAGCAGAUACUGCAGGGGCAAGUGCCCCUUAGGGGACAGUUCCAUAGAGCUUCAAAGUGUCUCAGAACCAGUGACCAGCACCCAGUUCAGUCACCGCUGUUCACAGGAGUUCGCUCCUGCAGUAGUUCCAUGCUCCUCGAGUGGCUUAGGCCUCGCGCUCGCACUUUGCCUGUGGGGAAACUGGAGAACCUACCCUGGCAGGCAGGGACCCCGUCUAAGUGGCUGUCCUGGUGAUGCAACACAAAUGUCCCCUUGGGACAAUGGAUGGGAGUCUCCAUGAUUCCAAAUCAAUGCGACUCAACUCACAUGGUGGAAGAGCCUUUUAUUUUCUCCCAAACUCCUCCUAGGAUCUGAAAGUCAAGCUGGGUUCCCCUGCCUCCUUCAGCAGCCACAGCAAUGCUGGUUCUGCAGUAGGACCCUGGCUGUCCCUUUUGCUGGUGCACAAGAUGGAACAGAAUCCUCCUAGCAGCCAGGCAGUUCGUGCAGGGCUAAGGACUUGCUAGUGUCAGCCAAGGCAGCAGGUCUGGCAUGAAGAGAGAGAGCGCAGCCAUGUGAAAUAUUUGCCUUAUCAUUAAAAUCCCCCCACCCUCACCAAACUCAAAGUUCUUUUUUAGAUUUCCUUGGUCUGGGUUUUGCAAAAAGCUCAGCUGCUGCUCUCCCACCCGAGAGAAAACCCCAGCGCUGGACCGGAGACACUGCCUUCUGAUGCAGAUAACUUCCACGCUGCUCCUGCUAACACUGGCCAGGGGUCGGGGGCACCCUCCAGGGGCUAGUCGCUGUAAGAGGCUUAGGAGUCUGCUACUGCCUCCGGCCUGGCCCUGGAGCAGAAGGAGUGGAGGCUGCUUUGGGGCCCAGUGCUGCCUGUGCAUUUCCUGGCCAGUGGGGUUUGAACAGCUGCCCGUCUCCGGGCCUCAGGCGCAGUGCCCCUGGCCAGGGGAAGUAUGUAACCCCUGGGAACCUAGCAUGGUCCUUUGUUCCCCUCCAGGUGUGUGACUGCUGCUGCCUUGCAGUGACCAGCGCCCAGGUGCCAAAGCUUGUGCACAUACAUCCCCAAAUUGCUGCUUCAGUCCCUGGCAGUGGCCCAUCGUAAGUGCUGCAGAAGGUGCUGUUUUUAUAGGGUCUUUCUCCUGAUGGUAAACACACUCUGACCAUUAGCUGGAAGCUGCGGUGGUGGCACAGCCAAAUCCCUGUUUCCCCUCGUAACCCCUCGGCACAGCUGCUCUUCCCGGGGGGUUGCUUGCUGGUUCUUCCCACCCCUCAGGUCCCUGCAGCUUGGAGCCCUGCCUCGUGGAGGGGAGCUCAUCUGACACUCCUCAAAUUACCUGCGCUCCAGGGAUCAGAUUCGCUGGGUUGGGAGCUGGAGCCAUCUAUAAUUCAGUGGGGGCAGCUACCAUUGUGGCCCUGAAAGCAGGGCGGCAGGAUGCUGCGGAGAUCAGGCCGGUGAAGCAAGAAGGCUAGCGAGGAGGAGGAGGAGAAGCCCAUGGAGAACGGGGUGUCCCCGGAGCAGGGGGCCACAGAGGCCUCGCCUGAAGUGGGGAGAGCUGGGGAUGGUGCCUCCGCUGCCUGCUCACAGCCAUCCCCGCGGGUCCGGCCCAGGCUGGUCUUCCACACACAGCUUGCCCAUGGCAGCCCCACGGGCAAGAUCGAGGGCUUCACCAACGUGAAGGAGCUGUACGCCAAAAUCGCCGAGGUCUUCGACAUCUCUCCCACUGAGAUCCUCUUCUGCACCCUCAACACCCACAAGGUGGACAUGCAGAAGCUGCUGGGCGGCCAGAUCGGCCUGGAGGAUUUCAUCUUCGCACAUGUGCGGGGCGAGACCAAGGAGGUGGAGGUGACCAAGACGGAGGAUGCGCUGGGGCUGACCAUCACCGACAAUGGGGCAGGCUAUGCCUUCAUCAAGAGGAUCAAGGAUGGGAGCAUCAUGAACCGCGUCCAGACCGUGCACGUGGGCGACAGCAUCGAGGCCAUCAAUGACCAGGGCAUCGUGGGCUGCCGCCACUAUGAAGUUGCCAAGAUGCUGCGGGAGCUGCCCAGGGCCCGGCCCUUCACCCUGCGGCUAGUGCAGCCCAAACGGGCCUUUGAUAUGAUCGGGCAGAGGACCAAAAGCAGCAAGUGCCUGGGUGAGGGCAAGGUGGCCAGUGGCAAGGAAACCCUGCGGCUGCGUGCCUGGGGCACCGCCAGCCUCGAGGAGCUGCCCAGCACCUGGGAGGAGGCGGCUGCCCGGAGUGUGGACGACCUGCUGGAGAGCUACAUGGGCAUCCGGGACGUGGAGUUGGCCUCAACCAUGGUGGAGGUGGCCCGGGAGUGCCUGAGCCCUGCGGACUUUGCCAAGAGCCUGGACUCGGUGCUGGGCGAGUUCGUGUUCCCGGGCGAGUUCGUGGACGAGGUCUGGGCCGCCAUCAGCGGAGCCAAGGGGGGCAGGAAAUAGGGGGCGCGGAGCACUUGGCCUGUGACGUCUGCCCCCCCGGCCAUGUGCUCCCUCCCACCCCAGCUGCAGCCCCCGUCCUCCUGCUCUGGGGGGGAGCCCUGCGGUGCCUGGGCCCAGCUCCUGCCCCGGAGAGGCCCCACGCCGAGCUGGGCAAGGGCUGGUGAGGGCCCCUCCGAGGAACCCAGGCCCUAGUUAGAUGGGGUGGUGGGCCCGGGGGGGCUAGUCCAGGCCAUGGUGCCCAUCCUGGCUAUGAGCCCAAGAGCUGGCAGCUCCUCAGGGCUCCUCUUCUGCCCCCUGCAUAGCGGCCAGGGCUGGGGCUGAGCCCAGGGGG